GUAAUCUCUAAAACGGUAGCCGUUUAAAGAGAAAAAUAGAAUUUCUAACGCUGAGAGAGCGAAGAGCAAUCUCACUUUCAGAAUCUGAUCCCAGUUAUUUUUUUUUUUAAUAUUCUCAGGCAAAGGUAUGGUUUCUUCUCCUUCUCCGUUACAGAUCGGUCUCAGAUUCGUCUCUCUCGUCUAUUGAAUCGUUUCAAGUCGAAAGUUGAAAAUGGAAGGGACUGUGUUUACGCCUUGUUUGGAAGGAAUGAAGCAUGUCAAGUCUGAACAGGGCGAGAUGCUUACUAAGCCAUUUCUAGAGCUCUGCAAGACGAUCUUGCCUGUUAUAGAUAAGUUUGGAGCUGCUAUGACUCUCGUGAAAUCUGACAUUGGUGGAAACAUAUCGAGGUUGGAGAAGAACUACUUGUCUGAUCCCGACAAGUUCAAGUACUUGUACACCUUUGUUCAAGUCGAGAUUGAGUCUAAGACAGCCAAAGGAUCGUCUAGUUGUACCAACGGUCUUCUCUGGUUAACCAGAGCUAUGGAUUUCUUGGUGGAGCUGUUCCGCAACUUGGUAGCACAUCAAGACUGGUCAAUGUCACAGGCUUGUGGUGACUCAUACCAAAAAACACUCAAGAAAUGGCACGGAUGGCUCGCCAGCUCUAGCUUCUCUAUGGCUUUAAAGCUUGCCCCAGACAGGAAGAAGUUCAUGGAUGUCAUAUCUGGUUCUGGUGACAUCUACGCCGACAUGGAAAGGUUUUGCUCUGAGUUUGGUCCGUUUCUUCAAGAUAAUCAUAAGUUUCUGGCUAGCGUCGGAAUGGACGACAUGAAAGCUUCUUGAUCCAUCAUGGUUAUCGCCGGCAUCGAAUCUGCUUUGCCGGAAACUUCGUCCGUUUUAUUUUUGCUCCUCUUCGGAUUAUAAAACUUUGCUUUUACCCGCCAAAGAAACAGAAUAAAUGUGUCGGUUUCUUCACUUUAUAAGAUACUGAAUCAGUCUUGACUCUUAUCAGCCCUUCUCGUUAGUGAUUGUUAUGUAAUUGUGACUCUUUUAUUUUAUUUUUCUGAGAAAUGUUUCAAAUAUCUCCCAUAUAUAUGUUACAGACUAAUUUCAAUAGAUAGCUGAUACCAUUUCCAAAACAAUAUCUUAAAUUAUCCUUACAAACAAGUAAAAUAAUA